GUCCGCCGCUCGCCUUCGAAGCAACAAACAGUUUAGGGUGAAUUGCGUGACUACCCGGACGAACGCCGUCCUCCAUCCAGACAACCUACGUACCGCCUUCGAGCGGACAACUCCUACCGCAUCAAUUCGGAUAUCAUACACCGAUAUUGACGGGACCACUUCAGAACACAAAAGCCAAAGGUUUAAGAGCAGGGAGGAAUAGACUCCUGCGAGACUUAUACCAUGGGUGACGCAGGCCCGCCCUCGCCGCCGCCAUUUCUGGCUGGGGGCGCAACUGCGCGGAACGCAGUCGAGGCGCAAGAUGCACAGCCGCCGAGGGAGGUGAAGGUGCUUGUCACAGGCUUCGGGCCCUUCAAAUCCUUCCUCAUCAACCCAUCAUGGCUGAUCGCCUCAGCACUACCCGACGAACUCUACCCUACCACAGAAUCUACAGGAAAACCAGCCUACAAGAUAAAACUAAUAAUACACCCCUCCCCCGUCCGCGUAUCCUAUAGCGUCGUCGCGGAAACCAUGGCAACCCUGAUUGCGCAGCACAAUCCCGACUACAUAGUGCACAUCGGCAUGGCCGGCGGACGAGAUUGCUACUCGCUGGAAACACGUGGCCACCGGGACGGGUACCGGAUAAAAGACGUCGACUGUAACGACGGGUUCCUUCCUGGCGAAGCUGUGUGGAAGAAAGAAGGUGUGCCCGACGUGCUGAGCGUGAGGUGGGAUGAGGCAGAUGUCUUGUCGCGGUGGGAACGAAGUGUGAAAGAAGGUCUCGAACAGCGAGGUUUUCUGGGAAAGGCGCCUGGUAAGGACGAUGAGACGCCGAUCAUGCCGGGAACGCCACUCUUUAUGGUCACGAUGAGUAGGGCCGAAGAGAAUAAACGAAAAGCGGUGGUCAAGCUGUCGCGUGAUGCGGGUCGGUUUUUGUGCGAGUAUGCACUUUUCACGAGUCUUAGUCGAAAGUGGCUUGACGCGAACCCCCAAGCUGGCGAGCAAGAGUCGAGUCCGGAGGAAAUGGACAGUCAAGACAAAGAGCUCGCACAGGAGAGACUGGGGAAGGUAGCGUUUCUGCAUGUGCCGGGCUGGACGGGAGUGGAGGACGUCAAUCGCGGCGUCAUGAUUGCCGAGGAAGCUAUACGGGCGUUGGUGGGCAGUUGGGAAGAUGGACGGAGAUCGAAAGCUGGUGGUGACGGUGCUAAGAGCUUUACAAAUCAGCACUCUGAGCUUGCAGGCGUGAGUCGAUGAAAUGGUGCUACGAGGUGCUAGGAGCAGUACAAGGGCUGUAUAUAGGCAGAGUUGCUAUGGGUGUGAAGACGACGAACGGGGCACAUGAGUAUCGCGGUAUGGGG